ACGAGAAGCUCCACAGAGGUUUACAGUGCAGCUGCAAAGAGAAACAGGCUUUCUUUAUAAGUAUCUAUCUGUGUAUCUAUCUAGGAAGGUUGCAUUUCUCUUCUCAGAUGUUGUAAUGGUGUCUGGUAAAUGCUGAGCAAACAAAUGAGAUGCUGAAGUCAGCAGAAAUAAAUUGCAGAAUGACAGAAUCGAAUGGGAUUCAGAGUGUGAGAACUGUGAAAGAAAGGAGAAACAUGUGAGAGAGUGUGCGAGAAGGGAGGUGGGGAGUGACAAGACGAAAGAGAGAGAGGGAUGUUGUAUUUCUUCCUCUCGGUUUUGGAAGGGAAGGACUUUGACGUUCAGCAGCUGUGAAGCACAGUAGGAGAGAUUCCACGCUUCACAUUCAUUUUCCUCCUCCCUUGAGCGAGCGCUGUCUGUCUCACCAGGAAAUACUGCCGCAGCUCCGGCGGGGUCGGGACUGCAGAAGACGAGAGAAUUGGAUUUCAACGGCCGCCGUCUGCAGACAGGCAGGGACAGGUGCUGCAGGCGGAGAAAGGAGGAGCAAAGCAAAGCAGAGACACGCCGCACGGCUUCAGAGGAGGAAUUCUGAAACAGCUGUCCAGCAGACGUCCUGCCUGUGAGAAGUAAACCCUCAAGGGCAGAAAAAGAGAGAGAGAGUGAGAGAGAAGACGAAAACGGCAACACGCUGCACCACCCAGAAGCUGACUAACAGUUUGGGUCAAGGCACCUCCGGGACGGCAACCACAGAGUGAAGAAAACAGGGACGUUAAUCGGCAAAGACGCAGGAGCAGGUAAAGGACAUUAAUCCAAACAUUCGAGCUGGAUUAUCUUCAAUGAAGAUUGAGGACGCAUUUAAAACAGCUGCUCUCUGAGAAUGUAACCCUUGCACUUCACCUUUGCGAGACUCCAGCAAGUUUAUCGCACAGCUGAGGAGAUCUGAACUUCCAGAGCAUUCUUUGUUCCUCUUCAUAACCACUGGACUCUACAGCAGGGAUGCCUGCCAAAACGCCCAUCUACUUAAAAUCCAACUACAGUAAGAAGGGGAAGAAAUGCCGUCUGAGGGACAUUUUAUCCCCGGAUAUGAUCAGCCCGCCUCUCGGGGACUUUCGACACACUAUCCACAUCGGAAAUGGCGGCGAGUGCGAUGCCUUCGGUGACAUGUCGUUCCUGCAAGGAAAUUUUGAGCUUCUACCAGGGAAAGGAGGUCGUAUUCGACCUCAAUAUGGCAUCCAUGGAGAAUUCACAAGAGCUAAUAGUGCCUCCGAUGCAUCUUGCGUCGAGACUCCAUCACCAGUCCUGAAAAACGCAAUCUCGCUUCCAACCAUCGGAGGCAGCCAAGCACUGACUCUACCUUUGAUUUCCACCACUGUGUAUCCAAUAACCCAGGGUCGCAUGUCUGAGCCAUCAACACCUCCAGCCGAUUCUGACGAUUUGGAAAUCUUUCAAAUGGAGACCCUGCUUCAGUCCAUCAGCACCUUUAGGUGUGACCCCAGCCCCGUCCCCGAAGAGGACGAACCUUUGAUCGACCGCACUGAGACGCCUGAGAAAUUACUUGCAAAGAUGCACAGCAGCGAAAACGAGCUUGAAACAUUUUUAUCCGUCUUCGUUAACGGAAACAGUGAUACCAAUGGGAACUUUAACAAUGGUAACAAUGACGAUUCGAUCUUCGAGUACGAUCAGGAGAUGUUCGGCAUCAAGGGUGACUGGGCGGACAGAGAUAGCGGCGUGGAAGAGGGACGUCUAUGCGAUUCAGACUUUGAAAUCUCCAAAAGCAAAAGCCACUCGCAGGAGUCGCUCACUCAAGUCACGGGAUCCCUUUUCUCCCUUGAACUCGACUUGGGCCCAUCCAUUUUGGAUGAUGUACUUAAUAUCAUGAAUAAGGAAGUGUCUUAGGAAGUGACUUUUACUGAGAACUAAAAGGGAAUCUAUUUGUCUUGAGGCCAUAAUAUGAUAUGGCAAUAAUGAACUGAAGAGGCUGAACUUUCUUUCCCAGAGUAAGUUUUUUGUCCUUAGCUUCGGAGUGUCUUGCACACCUUGUUUUUCAAAAAUAAUGCGAUUGACACACAGCCGCUGUGCCUUUUAAGUUAAGUUUAAGCAUGCAUAGAUUCUGAUGUUGUACAUGCAGAUCAAAUGAGGCUUUUUCUGUGUAUACUGUUGGUCAUCCACAACUUCAUACAAAAGUCAGUGUGAUAACGUGUACGUUUCUACAAAUAUAUAUACAAUGUUCCCAUCACAACGUCCUUCAUGCACAAAUAUAUUUAUAGUGACAGUUUCAUUAAUCACACUACCAAAUCUUAAAGGCAUAUACCUACAGCAUAUGUUUUUACGUUGUGAAGCUAAAUAUGAAAUAAACAUGAAUAAACAGCUCUCUUUUAGUUUAUUAUUAUUUUGUUUGAUUGUUUUUGUUAUUUCAGCAUAGGGGCUACACUGUAAAAAACAAUUUGAUGAGUCAACUUAAAAUAAUUUGUAACCUGGCUGUCUUAAAAGUUCAGUCAACUCAAAAAAAAGUUAAUUAAACUUGAAAUGUUAAAUUAUACUAAGUGACAACUUAGAUAUUUGAGUUGAAUCAACUUAAAUUUUUAAGGCAGCUGGGUUACUUACCCAUCUGUUAAGUUUAACAAACACAAAUAUCUAAGUUGUUACUUAGUACAACUUAACAUUUCAAGUUGACUAAACUUACUUUAGUUAACUGAACUUAAAAUUUUAAGGCAGCAGGGUAACAAAUUAUUUUAAGCUGACUCAACAAAUUGUGUUUUAUAUUGUAUCUAGAAGGACGAAAGUUUAAAAAAAAAUCUGUGGUUUUGUGUACUAUUUUGUGCUUUGUAAAUGUUUUACUGUUUAAAUCUUGCUGAAAAGCCUAUAAUAGGUUAUUUAAUGGCAGGUUCCCAUUGUGACAACUUGCCCCAUACAGCAUUAGAACAUUAAUUUACCAUUGGGGCAUGUUGUCACAAAAGGUUAGCAUGUGUUAAUUAAAGAUAUAUAGUAUAAAAACUGACUUACAACAAUAUACCUACCCAAAAAAAUAUUGACUGGGAGUAAAAAAGUGUGGAAGCUUGCCCCAGUUUCCCAUACUGAGUGAUCCCUAAAUGUGACACUGGACACCAAAACCAGUCCUAAGUAGCUUGUAUGUUUAUAAUAAUAGCAAAUUAUAUGGGUCAAAAUUAUUGAUUUUUCUUUUAUGCCAAAAAUCAUUAGGAUAUUAUGUAAAGAUCAUGUUCCAUGAAGAUAUUUUGUAAAUUUCCUACCAUAAAUAUAUCAAAACUUAAUUUUUGAUUAUUGAUAUGCAUUGCUAAGAACUUCAUUUGGACAACUUUAAGGCGAUUGUCCUAUCCUAACAAACCAUACAUCAAUGGAAAGGUUAUUUAUUCAGCUCAAUUUAAAAAAAUUUACCCUUAUGACUGGUUUUGUGGUCCUCGGUCACAUAUGAUGUUUGAUGUUUGUCAGUUCAUUGUUAAAUUAAAAAAAUCAGUCAGAUACUCCAGCGGAUGAGUAUGUAACUGUAGGUGGAGAGUGAAAAAAGAAGGAGAUGGAGACGAACAAAGAGAAAUUGACUUGACUUGUUAGCAUCCUGCAUUCCUCAGAUUGUGUCUUGUAGUAGGAGUGGAAGUGGGUGAGAUUGUGUCUAAAAGAAGAUGUCAGUACUAUUCAUUUGUAUCUUGUUGGGACAGAGAGCGAGCUGCCUGUAGCAUUCUCAGCAUUCCUAUGAGAAAACAAAGAGCCCGGCCAUAAAUAAAGCCAUUGGACUGAGGCAGAGGGUCAUGCUCUACAUGGUCGUAAAAGCUAACAGCCUGAAGACAAACUUUGUCCCUGUACAAGGAGGUCUGACUGCUGCAGUGUCUUGGCGACGCAGAGGUUUGUUUGCAGCAAUACUGAAGAGUAUGAGUCUGAGUGCCAGACAGCUGCAACAUAAUUCAGCUUUGUCCUUAAAGAUGAUGCUUUUUCAUUCAGGUUUCAAGCUUGAAAUGAAAUCUGCUCGCACAAGUCCACAGAAAUUGAAUAACUGUCUUUAGAAAAGUUGUAUGCAUUUUCUGCUCUUUGUCUAAUUGCAUGCUAAAUGUGAAGUGUGCCAUUUUGGCUCCACUUGUGGCACCAUAUGAAAUUGCAAAAAGAAUGGCCUUAAAAGAAAAAGAAGACUUCCUGAUGAUUUACUCACUCCUAUGUCAUCCAAGAUGUUCAUGUCUUUCUUUCUUUAGCUGAGAAGAAAUGAAGGUUUUUAAGGAAAACAUUCCAGGAUUUUACUCUGUAUAGUGGACUUCUGUGGGAACAAACAGGUUGAAGGUCCAAAUUGCAGUUUCAAUGCAGCUUCAAAGGGCUCUACACCAGGGGUGCCCAACCCUGUUCCUGGAGAUCGACUUUCCAGCAGAGUUUAGUCCCAACCUUAAUCAAACACACCUGUCUGUAAUUAUCAAGUGCUCCUUGAGAUCCUAAUUAACUGGUUCAGGUGUGUUUGGUCAGGGUUGGAACUGAACUCUGCAGGAAAGUUGAUCUCCGGACUAGGGUUGAGCACCUUUGCUCUACACGAUCCCAUUCGAGGAAUAAGGGUCUUAUCUAGUGAAACGAAAAAUCUGAAGGCCGUCCGCCACUUUGACAGAUUAUACCGAGGGUGAUCUACUGUAACUUCUAACUGUAAUUCCAACCCAUGUCCAGUUGGUGGCGAGUGCGCUCCAGUGUAGCAGCAAAGCACUGGAUCCACAACAAAAACGAAACUGUCACGAAUGUUUUCCUAUGCGUUUGAUUAUGCACGGGCGAGUACACAGAAGCUACAACGAUCUAUCACGCCACAUUAAAGGGCGCCAAAAUGAUAUUCAUCGCUUGAAUUUCCUAAUGAAAUACAAUUUCAUAUCAAAAGUAACACAAAGCUUAGCCUAUUGCGAUUUUUUUGAUGAGUUCAUUCAUCAACUGAAAACAGCAUAGACUAAAAGAUUGAUUGGGAUUUCCGAAUCGAUAUUGGUUCAUAAAAAUGAUAAUAUAUUAAAAUCGCUGUUACUGCAGGGUGUGGUGUUCAAAGUGAAAAGCUAUGCAAUCUCAUCUGUUUAUCUGUUCUCUUCAAAAUAAAUGCAUAAGCCUACAUUGGCCUAUAGGUUCAUAAUUAAAAAUGAAACAUAAACAAAAAUAAAAGCAAUUAAAUGCGUUGUAAUAUUUAAAAUGACUGGUAAUAAUAUAUUAUGACGGAAUUUUUACCACCCUGUCCGUCAAAAUGACGGACAAUGUUAAAGUCUAACGCAACCUCUGGGUCACUUAUAAACUUUUUAACCACAAAUGCUUGUCUUGGACUACCUCUGCGAUGCACAGAUAAGCAAUCACACUAGAAAGGUCCAACAUGGUUUGUUCUUCAUCAGUGUACUUUGGUUCAAAAAACGUAGAGCAAAAAACUCUCAUUUUCUCCUCCAACUUCAAAAUCAUCUGACAUUGUUGUUUUGCCUUUUUUUGUAAAGGGCGUUUGACUUUCUUUGAACUUUUGCUUUGUAAACACUGGGUCGGUACUUCUGGCUACGUCACACGUGCAUGAUAAUGUUAAUGCGUAAGGUCGAUCUAGUGCAAGAUAAGCAUUUAUGGUUAAAAAGUAUACAAUUUUUUUUUUAGAAAAUGAUUAAUCGUUUUGCUAGAUAAGACCAUUAUUCCUUGGCUGGGUACAUGUAGAGCUCCCACUGGCUACCACUAAAGUCCACUAUAUGUAGAAAAAUCCUGGAAUGUUUUGCUCAAAAACCUUAAUUUCUUUUCGACUAAGAAAAAAAGACAUGAACAUCUUGGAUAACAUGGGGUGAGUAAAUUAUCAGGAAAUUUUUAUUCUGGAAGUGAACUAAUCCUUUAAUUCAGAAUAGUUUACUAGUAUCUUACUCUUUCUACUUCUGCCAAAUAAAGAUAUUUCAAAAUCACCAAAGACUGUUUUCAAACUGAUUUCCUAAACAGUUCCACUCAUUUUCCAGAGUCUUGAAUGUGCUAACUUACUGUAUGGUUGGUUAUGUUUCAUUGGUCCGUGGUUAUAAAUGCUGAGCUGAUACACUACUGCUGGUCAAAAGUUUGGAAUCACUGAGAGAUUUUCAUGUUUUCUGAAUAAGUCUCUUAUGUUCACUAAGGCUGCAUUUUGAU